AUGCAUCGCCGCGCCGAGCAGUCCGACGACUUCAACGGAGACUACCACGACCGUCCGCCUAGGAGCUCCGAGGAUGACGCUACCGAGUCCACGCCACUCUUCGCCGGCAAUCCACCGCGCCCCGGCGCCAACCGUGGCCGCACCGAUUCGCUCCUCCGCGCCGCCAACACUCUCCACGUGCCCAAGGUCCACAACCCGGACCUGAUCGUCGGCAUCUUUUGCGCCGUCGUCCUCGUUGGAUCUGCCUCCGGCGGGCUUUGGGUCAUCCCCACCACCCGCAAGGUCGAGGAUAUCGUCUGCCGCCACUACUACGACGUUUUGAGCAGCGAAAACAUCGACGAGAGCUUGUGCAAGGAAGACGCCAUCCAGUCCAAGGUCGCCUACAUUUUUGCCAUAUACAGCGCUCUGCAGGCUUCCAUCGGUGCCGCUUGCGCCUUUCCCUGGGGUAUCGUGGCCGAUCGACUUGGAAGGAAGUGGGUGUUUUCUUUGACCAUACUGGGCAUGUCCUUCGACCAGGCCUGGUUUGCUGCGGUCUGCGCUUUUCCCAAGACGCUCCCUCUUGAGGCUCUCUGGUUUGGCCCUACGUUUCUGGUCCUCGGCGGCGGAAAUGCUGUCCUUAGUGCGAUCGUCUUCUCGAUGCUCGCUGACGUGACGACCUCCGAGAACAGGGCAAAAAGCUUCAUGCGGGUACAUCUGUCGUCGAUGAUCGGAAAUUUGUGCGCUCCCGCUGUGGCCGGUUGGAUGAUGGAGAAGACGGGCCCGUGGCCCGUCAUGGCCGUGGCGUACGUCGGAUUUUUGACCCUGAUAUUCACCAUCCACCUCAUCCCCGAGACGAAGCCAGCCGCCCAGGUAUCCGAAGACCCGAUCGAGGAUGAGGAUGAAUCGGAAUCCCCCAUGUUGGGCGCCAUCCAGCACACGCUCCUGCGUCUCAAGGAGUCGUUUGCCCUCUUCAAAUCGCCGUCGCUGGUCCUUUUGCUGGUCGCCACGCUCAGUUCGUACCCCGUUCUUCUGUCGACAUUGCAGUUCAUGUCCAUCUACGCCUCAAAGCGCUACCAUGUCUCGCUCUCCCAGACCGGGUACCUCUCGUCUCUGUACGGCUCAGGCGUUCUCCUCUCGAUCAUUCUCAUCCUGCCGGCCUUCUCCAAGCUCCUCGCUUCGCCCAAAAUGCCAAAGACGUUGCGCAUUCCGGACGAUCACCAGCGCGAUCUCUUCCUUGCCCGUGUUUCGUCGAUAGCCCUGCUGAUGGGAUCUCUGAGCAUGUCUGCGUCGCCGACGGUGGGGUCCUUUAUCGGCGGACUUGCCAUCCUGUCUCUAGGCACUGGAUGGGGCAGUUAUGUGAGGAGCGUGAGCAGCGUGUUCGUUGACCCGGCCCAUCGAACCCGGUUGUUCUCCAUUAUCUCGCUCGUCGAGACCGCCGGACAAACGUACGCGCAGCCCAUGCUGGCGUGGCUAUUCAGCAUUGGUAUGAAGAUGGGCGGACUCUGGAUUGGGUUGCCCUACUUGGGCGUUGCCGCUUUUUGUCUGCUUGCUCUGAUUCUUUUGCUUCUUGUUAGGCUGCCACCGUCAGAGGGCAAGACCCCUGAGGAUGACGGUGAAAGUAGCCUUCCUGCUCAACCAUGA